AAAAAAAACCCUUUCACUCUUGUAGAAUAAGCCAGGAGCCGGCGUGUGGUAGACUUCUGGGCCUGUUUCCCGACAGCUGGUUUCGUUUAGAUUUUUGUGUGAUUAACUGACAUCUUCCUGUUCCUUUGCCACAUGUAUCUAGCAAGCCUCUUUUACCUUAUAAGGGAAAUCCUUUGUAGCGUGUGGAAGGCUUUGAUUGCAGGAAGGGGUGGAACCCAAAAUGACUCGGCAGUGACUAGCAGUUUUUCAAAAAUACAUAUAUAUGUAUGCAUGUACAGAUAUGCGUGUAUCUCCUAACUCCAGACAGCUGAAAAUCUGCCAAAAGCGUUGUUUGCCAGGAUUCAGAAUUUCCCACGUAAGGGCUACUCACUUCUUAAAAGACAACUCAUGAAUCAAGCACCUCUGUUUGAUCUUUAAAAUCAAUUCCUCGACUGCUAAUGGGUACACAGUGUUUUGUGUGUUUGUUUGUCUUUGGCGGGUUAUGAAAAUGUCCUGGAAUUCGAUAAUGGUGUUGGUUGCAGAGUUUUUCUGCAACAUCAGUUCCUGGCCCAGUUACUGAAGGUGGUAGGAGGAGUUAAGAUGUAUGCAAUUAAAAAGAAUGAAAGGCACCCAUUCAUGGGAAAGCCUCAGUGACAUUUCUUAAGACGGUUUCAUCGAUGGUUUUCACAAUUCUCUGCAUUUGGUGUUUCAGAGGACGCUGCAAUACGAAACACCUGUGGGAGUGCCCUCUUUCUGCUUCUAGGAAUCUGAGGCUGAGAAACCUUCCUGACUCUACUUGUGUUUUUCAGCCACGUUAGCCUCAUUCUGGUUUUUUUUUUCCCCCAGUAUGAACUCAGGGCAGGAGAGGGAGUGGUUUCCUAAUGAGUUUUGUUUUGUUUUUUUUUUUUUUUUUUUUUGAGAUGGAGUCUCGCUCUGUCACCCAGGCUGGAGUGCAGUGGCGCGAUCUCGGCUCACUGCAACCUCUACCUCCCGGGUUUAAGCCAUUCUCCUGCCUCAGCCUCCCAAGUAGCUGGGAUUACAGGUGCCCGCCCCCACGCCCAACUAAUUUUUUUGUAUUUGUAGCAGAGACGCGGUUUCACCAUGUUGGCCAGGCUGGUUUCAAACUCCUGACCUCAUGUGAUCCACCCACCUCCGCCUCCCAAAGUGUUAGGAUUAUGGACGUGAGCCACUGCGCCCGGCCUUCCUAAUAAUUUCGAUAGCUUUCCCCAGUUCAGGGAUUCUUCAUUUGUCCUGAUAGGAAAAAGCUAGCGUGGCUUCCCUUUUCCUCUCGGUUGAGGCCCGUUUGACCCAUUCUCAAUAUUCCUUCCAAAGAGCGGGCAUCGCCAGAAAACUCGCCUGGCCUCGUGGCCCUGGCAGGACCUAGGGGACAGGUUCGGACAAGGAAGAGCCAUGGGCGGGUCUUAAGAGGCCAUUCAUUUCUUACCAACUCUGAGUCACUGAAUAAAACCACUUCCCCCAGUGGGGCCCCUCGGUUUCCUCACCUGUAAAAUGGGUGCGAUGUGUGAGGAUGAAAUUGCGGUAAAAUAAAACCUUGGCAGUAAGAGAUGCCUUUCUCUGGCACAUCCCACCUGCUGGGGGUAAGCAGCGCCACCCUCUGGAGUUAGAGCCUCAAGGCAGUCCUGUAACUAAUCAGGCUUUGGGAUGGAAAGGGCCAGGAUGAUGAAGCAACCCUCCCAACACCACGUGGCUGUGAAAAUGACAAAGCAUGGUCAGGCACAGUGGCUCAUGCCUGUAAUCCCAGCACUUUGGGAGACUAAGGCGGGUGGAUCACAUGAGGCCAGGAGUUUGAGACCAGCCUGGCCAACAAGACGAAACCCCGUCUCUACUAAAAAUACAAAAAAUUAGCCGGGCGUGGUGGUGCCCAUCUGUAAUCCCAGCUACUCAGGAGGCUGAGGCAGAAUUGCUUGAACCCGGGAGGCAGAAGUUGCAGCAAGCCGAGAUCGUGCCAUUGCACUCCAGCCUGGGUGACAGCGCGAGACUCCAUCUCAAAAAAAAAAAUUAAAAAGAAAAUGACAAAGCGGGGAUUCCAACCCAGCACUUUUUGGCCCUGGAGUUCCUGCUUUAAUGCUUCCCAUUGUACUUCCUUCCUUGUAGGUAAAAACACCUUGAAAAGCCAAUAACACUAUUGGGGUAUGUCUUCCACGCCUGCAACCAAGUUUUCUUUCCCUUUCGUAUCUUUUUGUCCUGCCAUCUCUCAGCCAGGCUGAUUGAAGGAUGGAAUUCCAAUGAGGCUCCCCCGCCUCAUCCCACCUUGGUAAUUGCAUGGCCAACAUUUAACUGAGGGCUCCAUAGUCUUGCAUUUAUCUUGCCGUUCAGGUGAAUGGGAGCGGAACUCACGGGACACAAUGAGCCAGGUCACUGAUGGCCUUGCUUUCUAGGAAUCUCACAGUGAGCCCUAGAACUCUAUGUGGUAACACUGUGUGCCUUUUUCAGAGCCUGUCUUAGAUCUUAGCCUAACGUUGGGUCUGUUGUGUUGCUGGAGAGACCAGCACUGACAUUCAUCUCAAAGCACAUGGCUGAAGGUGAUGUGGCCGCCCUCAACCGACGCAUCCAGCUCGUUGAGGAGGAGUUGGACAGGGCUCAGGAACGACUGGCCACGGCCCUGCAGAAGCUGGAGGAGGCAGAAAAAGCUGCAGAUGAGAGUGAGAGAGGAAUGAAGGUGAUAGAAAACCGGGCCAUGAAGGAUGAGGAGAAGAUGGAGAUUCAGGAGAUGCAGCUCAAAGAGGCCAAGCACAUUGCGGAAGAGGCUGACCGCAAAUACGAGGAGGUAGCUCGUAAGCUGGUCAUCCUGGAGGGUGAGCUGGAGAGGGCAGAGGAGCGUGCGGAGGUGUCUGAACUAAAAUGUGGUGACCUGGAAGAAGAACUCAAGAAUGUUACUAACAAUCUGAAAUCUCUGGAGGCUGCAUCUGAAAAGUAUUCUGAAAAGGAGGACAAAUAUGAAGAAGAAAUUAAACUUCUGUCUGACAAACUGAAAGAGGCUGAGACCCGUGCUGAAUUUGCAGAGAGAACGGUUGCAAAACUGGAAAAGACAAUUGAUGACCUGGAAGAGAAACUUGCCCAGGCCAAAGAAGAGAACGUGGGCUUACAUCAGACACUGGAUCAGACACUAAACGAACUUAACUGUAUAUAAGCAAAACAGAAGAGUCUUGUUCCAACAGAAACUCCAGAGCUCCGUGGGUCUUUCUCUUCUCUUGUAAGAAGUUCCUUUUGUUAUUGCCAUCUUCGCUUUGCUGGAAAUGUCAAGCAAAUUAUGAAUACAUGACCAAAUAUUUUGUAUCGGAGAAGCUUUGAGCACCAGUUAAAUCUCAUUCCUUCCCUUUUUUUUUUUUCAAAUGGCACCAGCUUUUUCAGCUCUCUUAUUUUUUCCUUAAGUUGCAUUUAUUCCUAAGGUAGGCAGGGUAUUUCCUAGUAAGCAUAUUUUCUUAAGACGGAGGCCAUUUUGUUCCUGGGAGAAUAGGCAGCCCCACACUUUGAAGAAUACAGAACCCAGUAUCUAGUCGUGGAUAUAAUUAAAAUGCUGAAAACCAUAACCUUUUGGGUCACCUGUUGGUCAAACUAUAGGAGAGACCAGGGACCAUCACUUGGGUAGGGAUUUUCCAUCCAGAGCCAAUAAAAGGGCUGGUGGGGGCCAGGGGUGGCUAUUGUGGGAAGUCAUAACCCACAGAUAGAUUAACCUGAGAAUCCUGGCCCUUCUCCACUCUCCAGCAUGCAGAACAAACAUCCUCUCAAGCAGUCAACGUAGAAUGCUUGGGAAAUAGUCAUAAUUACCCACAUAUAGUAAUUCAUAGAUGGUAAUUAAUAGAUCUUUGAUGUGAUGUUCUUUUGCAUAUUUCCUUCAUUCUAAAGUUGUUCUCUGGCCGGGCGCGGUGGCUUUCGCUUGUAAUCCCAACACUUUGGGAGGCCAGGACAGAUCACUUGAGGUCAGGAGUUCGAGACCAGCCCAGCCAACAUGGUGAAACCAUGCCUCUAUUAAAAAUACAAAAAUUAUGGUGACGCCUGCCUGUAGUCCCAGCUACUCAGGAGGCUGAGGCAGGAGGAUCGCUUGAACCCAGGAAGUGGAGAUUGCAGUGAGCCGAGAUCGCACCACUGCACUCCAGCCUGGUCGACAGAGUGAGACUCCAUCUCAAGAAAAAAUAAAAAUUAAGUUGUUCUCUGAAGAGCAAAUGUCUCAUUCCAGUAAUGAUCCACUCAGCAGGAAUAUGGUGGAGUUCAGUCCAAUUCAGAUCAGCCACAUCCAAAAGACUACAAGUCAUUACUAAGUUGAGCAAAAGAGUUUUUAUCCAUUAGCAGAAAGGGCCUCUCUGGCAGCAGAGAUUAAAACUUGGCCCAACUUCAUUUCCAUACUUCAGGGAAUAGCAAAUUGAAGAUUUACUUAUCUAGGACUUGAAUUCCUUCUUUGGGACCAAGUUAAUAAAAGACCAAGAAACUCCUGAUUAAACUGGAUAAUGAAGGAUUCUGUAGACAGGGCUGCACGUAUCGGCUUUGUUUGACUUCUCUUUUCUCAGUUAACAUCUCAGAGCUGGAACAUUCCACAUUCCCCAGCAGCGUGUGGGGGCUGACUAAAGUUUACAAUUCCGACUAAAAAUCACCCUGCUUCUGGCUUAUCUGAAUCCCUUACCCACCCCACCCUACCACCCCACUCCUAUUUAUUCAGCACCACACUACCCAGGAAAUACACUAGCAAAUUGUGCAAUGGAAUAAAAUCCACACUUUACUUUAGAUUCUUGCAACUGUAUCAUAUGUAAUAGUAUCACUUUUUCUACAUUUUGGUCAAAUAAAUUUUUACAUAAACUACAA